AUGAAAAAGCACAUUGCUACAGUAGUCGUGGUCUUUACAUCUUCCUCGCCACGUGUUUUAGGCACCUACAAAUUAGGUGUUCACGACGAGAACUUCGGGAAUCUUCUGGAUGGCGGGUCAGGACUGACUGAACAUUCUGACAGUGAUGACGACUUCAACAUUGACGAUGACUCUUUUCUCGUACCUAACUUGACACAACGCCAGCGGAAGUAUUACGGAGGGAGGGUUACGCCAAUGGCCGAGCCGAGUUAG